AUGACGGAGGAGCGGGUGCCGCAGCUGGUGGACUACUUCGUGGUGGCCGGCUUGGCGGACAAGUCCAAGCCGCUUGAGGACGAGAGCCAGCCCCCGCGACCAGCCCGGCCCAGCGAGCCCAUCACCGAUGUGGCUGUCAUCAUCCGCUCUCAAGGCGAGGAGGUGCCCCAUGGCUUCACGUGCAUUGAGCGCACGGCGACAGGGAACCCCGUGGAUCUCAACGCCGGACUGCUCAACAACCCCCAGAUGUACAUCUGCUACAAACGGGGGCGGGACAAGCCCCCUAUCGUCGAGUUGGGGGUCCACUAUGACGGGAAGGACCGCCCCAAACCGGGCUACAAAAUUGUUGACACGACUCCCUACAGCCGCUCUGCCAACCUGACAUCCGGAGGCCCCGGGCACCAGCGUACCUUCCUGACCUACCGGCGAGCCGGCGAGGGCCAGGCCUACAGCACCCUGGGCGUCACCGAUAUCUGUCUCAUCAUGCCAAGCAAAGGGGAGAGCACGCCCCAUACAUUCUGCCGCGUGGACCGGAACCUCAAUGCUGGCAUGUGGGGCCCGGCUCUCUUUCUCUGCUACAAGAAGGCGCUGGCCAAAGGCAACACCCUGGUGUACGAAGCAGGUCUCCUUAGCCGCUACCCCAAGGAGGACGCCGAGAGCUUUCCGCUGCCUGAAUCCGUGCCUGUCUUUUGCCUGCCCAUGGGCGCCACCAUUGAGAGCUGGCCAGUGGACACCAAGUACCAACUUCCCGUCUUCUCUACCUUCGUGCUGACCGGGGCCUCGGGGGACAAGGUGUACGGCGCCGCGAUCCAGUUCUAUGAGUCCUACCCGCGGGAGCGCCUCUCGGAACGGCAGUGCCUGUGGCUGAACCUGCUCACCGUGGUCGACCGGCGCCCCAUCACCAGCAAGUCGGUGCAGACCCGCAAGAGCAUCUGCGUCUUGUCGCACUGGCCCUUCUUCGAUGUCUUCUGCAAGUUCCUCACUUUCCUCUACCGCUACAGCAUCUCAGGCCCCCACGUGCUUCCGAUUGAGGCACACAUCUCCCACUUCAUGCAUCACGUCCCCUUCCCAUCUCCUCAGAGGCCCCGGAUUCUGGUUCAGAUGUCUUCCUAUGACAAUAUGCUCUUAUGCCAGCCUGUUUCUUCACCACUGCCACUAAGCGGAGCCAGCUUCCUGACCCUGCUGCAGACGCUGGGCCCCGAAAACGCCAUCGCCCUGCUCGUGGCGAUCCUCACCGAGCAGAAGUUACUCAUCCAUUCUCUGCGGCCGGACGUCUUGACCAGCGUAGGGGAAGCCCUGGUCUCGAUAAUUUUCCCCCUGCGUUGGCAGUGCCCAUAUAUCCCGCUGUGCCCGCUCACCCUGGCUGACGUGCUGAGCGCCCCGGUCCCCUUCAUCGUGGGCCUCCACUCCAGCUACUUCGACCUCUACGACCCUCCUCACGACAUCAUCUGUGUCGACCUGGACACCAACACCAUCUUCCAGAGUGAGGAGCGGAAGCUGCUGUCGCCAAGGUCCCUGCCCCGGAAACCCUGCAAGGUGCUGCUGGCAUCGCUGCACUCCCAGUACCAGCAGCUAGACGAAAUGUACAAUCGACCAGUAGAAGAAGCAUCUCUGGAAUUUCUACUGACCGACUACGACGUCAUCUACGGGCGGCGCAAGCAGCUGGAACUGGACAUCCAGGCUGCCUUCCUGCGGUUCAUGGCCUGCCUCCUGAAGGGCUACCGCACCUACCUCCGGCCCAUCACCCAGGCACCCUCCGAGAAGACCCGCGACUCCAGCAACCUCUUCUACCUCCAGGGCUUCCUGAAAUCGAGAGACCGGGCCUACCACAAGUUCUACGGGCAGCUCUUGCGCACCCAGCUCUUUACGCAGUUCAUCGAGGAAUGCUCGUUCGUCAGCGACCGGCAUACCUUCCUGGAGUUCUUCGACUCGUGUGUUGAGAAGGUACAGGUGGAUCUGGAGAAGCCGGAAGAGUCUCCCCUGAUGGAACUGGACGACACCCACGGCAGUGAACACACGGUGUUUAUCAUGCCCCCUGAGGAGCCGAUGGCGCCUGAUGGGUCCGAGUUACCCCCACGUUAUAAGUAUGACGGUUUCCCCGUGCUUCAGGCCAAGCUCUUUGAGCGCCCCCAGGACCAGCUGAUGCCCUCACUCUGCCAAGCUCGGAGCAGUGCCCCCAGCAGCCCGGCACCACGCAGGACCAAACAGGAAAUGAAGGUAGCUCAGCGGGUGGCCCAGAAGUACUCGUCCGUGCCAGACAUGUGGGCCAAAUGCCUUCUGGGGCACUGCUACGGCCUGUGGUUCAUCGCUCUGCCCACCUACGUGCGUGCUGCGCCCUCGAAGGUGCGGGCCCUGCAGACGGCAUACGAGGUGCUCAAGCAAAUGGAGACCAAGAAGGUGGUGCUCCCAGACGAGGUUUGUUACCGGAUCCUGAUGCAACUGUGCGGGCAGUACGGCGAGCCCGUCCUCUCCGUGCGGGUCUUGCUGGAGAUGAAACGAGCCGGCAUCGUGCCCAACACCAUCACCUACGGCUACUACAACAAAGCCAUUUUGGAGAGCAAGUGGCCCUCGAGUACCCAGGGGGGCCGCCUUCGCUGGGCCAAACUACGGAACGUUGUGCUGGGGGCUGCCCAGUUCCGGCAGCCGCUGCGGCUCCGCCAACGAGAUGCAGAGCUUCAGAGCAUCAGCGCCCAGUCAGAGGGUGGCAGAGGAGCGAGGGCUCUGACCUCCCGGUCCAGAUCCAACCUGCAGCGGCAGACCACGUGGUCCGGGUGCAGCUUGCACGACAGCUUGCCCUCGACGUCUCUGGUGAAGAGCGGCAGCCUAAGCUUCCCUCAACAUGAGGAAGCCGGCAAGGCCCACAUGACCAAGGCACUGGACCGGAGCCUGGACCGCAGCAGUGACACGCUCCCCGCUGUGCCCCCCUGGUUGCGGGGCAUGCGGGACGGGCCCGGGAGCUCCGAGGACGGCAGCCUGUCGGACGUCAACAGCUCGCUGACGGAUGAGAGCGACCGGUUGACCCUGAGCAGCGUGGACGCCCAGUCCGACGGGGCCAAGACGGGGCUGGGCCAGGGGUCUGAGAGCCACGGGAGCGGCACACCCCGCAGGAGUCUGGCCGCCAAACUGCAGCAGCUGCUGUCCCCCAUCAAGCGGCCUUCCCUCAGACAUGCGGCCAGCUUGGAGCGCUCGCACGGGCGCCGCGGGUCGGAGCAGCGCGAGCCCCCGCCCCGCCGCAGUCCCUUGGAGGGCCAUUUGCUGCUUCCCCGUGAACGGCCGGGCUCCACUGCGUCCGAGAGCUCCGUAUCCCUGGGCAGUGAAUAUGAUCUCUCGGACACAUCUGUGUGCAGUUUCAACCUCCGCAAAUCCAGCGACCGGCUGUCAGAGUCCCCAGCCGUUGAGGUGCUGCUUUCCAGCUGUUCGCGGUGCCAGGCCUGCAGUUCGUUGGUGUAUGACGAAGAAGUGAUGGCCGGGUGGAGCUCAGACGACUCCAACCUCAACACCACCUGCCCCUUCUGCGCCCGCUCCUUCGUGCCCUUCCUGAACAUCGGGAUCCAGGACUUCCAGGCCCUGCUCAGCAUCAUGGACAGCUCUGACACCAGUUCCGUCUCCUCCGACUGGCCACGAGACAGCGAAGCGCCAGCCCCGGGAGGGCAGGGCCCCGUGCUCAGCGACCGGUACCACUGCCUGUCCCUGGAUGAGACCGAGCCGGAACCUGAGAAGGAGUCCAGGGCUGGCUCACUAUGCAACGGCUUUGCUGAGACCCCGGCCCCUCGAGGCCCCGCCCCGCACGUGGAGCACAUGACCUUCGCCUAUCUGAGCCCCCUGGUGCUGCGCAAGGAGCUGGAGACCCUGCUGGAGAACGAAGGGGGGGACUUCCUGUCUCAGCCGGAGCUGGUGGACAACCACCCCAUCAUCUACUGGAACCUGGUGUGGUACUUCGAGCGCCUGGCUCUCCCCAGCAGCCUGCCGCAGCUGCUAUUGGCUUCCAAGCAUGUCCAAGCGGCACCUCAGGGCUCAGGCCCAGAGGGACCUUUGGUAAACGUGCGUUUGCUGUGGGACGUCCUGACGCUGGAUCCCGACAGCUUCCCCCCGCUCUACGUCCUCUGGAGGUUCCACAGGAACAUCCCAACUCGGCUGCAGUCCUGCCGGCGACACAACCACCCCUUCUCACUGUCCUUCCUGGAGGCCAUGCUGACCUCCGUCGGGGUGGGUGAGGUGCACAAGGCGAUCGCCCUCUUCUUGGAGACCGUGGCGGGACAGCCCAACCCUGUCUACGUGCAUAGAAGCGUCUACCGGGAGAUCCUCUUCCUCAAGAUGGCGGCGUUUGGCAGAGACCACGUGGACAUUGCGGACUUCGAUAAGAAGUACAAGUCAGCCUUCUCCAAACUUGCCAGCAGCCUGGGCAAAGAGACCUUGAAGCAGCAGCGGGCGCAGCCCCUCACCUCCAAAGCCAUCGACUGCCGCAAGAGCUUCGGAGCCAACCUGGAGUGCUAGCGGGC